AGUACAAUGCAUUUGCGAACCGUGCUGGCGUUUGAAUGAGGCUGGGGUGGGGUAAAAGAAAGGUAUAAAUGCGCUUCUUUGCCCACUCGAGUCCGGAAUGAUUUGUCGUCCAAGCAAGAUUUAUAUUUAGAGUUGGUCGCACGCCAAUACUAGCUGGAAUUUCUUAUCUUGGUCUGUCAAGACAUGGCCCUCAAUGAGAACCCAUCGUUGGCGAACCAGUCGGCGCCGGCCAAAAAGAUCAGAUGUUUACGAUGUAAAAAGGAUACCUUCAAGUCUGCUAUAGGGCUUGCAAAACAUCAAGAUGCCCUAGGUCAUCACCACGUUGUUUGUCCCGUAUGCAACAAGGAAUUUGGCAGCGAGAAAGGCCGGGAUGAUCACCAAAGGUCAUCCCACGACCGACGCCGGGCAUCUAGGAGGAAGAAGAAGGCUGUUCCUAACUUAGUGCCCUCCGCACAGGGCUCUUCUACACAGCAAGAACAACAGCAGGGCAACCAACAAGUGCAGGAUCAGGAGCAACUGCAGCAAGAAGAACCACCACCACAACAACAACACGUACAGUUGUUCGUCGAGAAAGGUGUAGAGAAGACAGCUAUCGCUUUCUCUCAUACUAGCAGUAGUACCACACUACACGAGCAUUUGGAGAAUACUGAACCUAUUAAUAGCUUUCUAAAUGAAGUGCGAUUAUACUAUAACGGUAACUUCUUUACGACCCUCACUCCUGCAGAACAAGAACUUGUAUAUGCGGAUCUUCUCACAAAGUGUCACUCGCCUGUUCGUCUUCAUAAGCAGAAUUAUACCAUGGCAAGCCUGGCACAAGAUAAUCAGGCGAAUCCGAAGAAAGCUACUGUUGCAAGAAAUCGCUUUCUGGAAACGCCCAUCUUGAACCUGUACGGUACGAGAAGAGCCGUCGUCCUUGAUUGCGAAAUGGUUCAGGUCAGAAGAUGGCAAAGAGAAGUCGCCUUUCUGAGCGCCGUUGACUUCCUCACUGGGGAAGUUCUCAUUAACAACUACGUCCGGCCGACGGGAAAGGUGACCGACUGGACGACUAGGAUCAGCGGCAUAACGCCAGCCGCAAUGACCGAGGCUGUAGGAAGAGGGCAAGCACUUGAUGGAUGGCAGUCCGCGCGACAGGAACUAUACAAAUAUAUCGAUGCUCAAACCGUCCUCAUUGGUCACUCCCUUAAUCAUGACCUGGACGUCCUCGGGAUAUACCACUCGCGAGUUGUUGAUUCGGUGAUAUUAGCUAGCGAAGCUGUGUUUGGUUAUGCCUCUGCAUUUAAGCGUCUCUAUAGUCUAAAGACACUGUCAGAGGCGUUUUUGAAACUACAAAUCCAGCCGGAUAAUCAUCCCCACGUGUGCUUGGAAGACACAUUCGCGACACGGGAUGUGGUCCUGUCGUUUCUGCGGAAUCCCGAAGAUCUAGAAGUGUGGGCUGAAAAUGCGAAAGCCAAGUAUGACGCACAGCAAAUACAACUCGAAGCAAGAAGGCGUGAGAAGAAAGAUCAGAAAGCGAAGAAGGCAGCAAAGCAACAGCCGCCAAGUGCAACACAGCCACCAACAUCCCGUGGACCUCUAAGGAAUGCGUCCCAGUUGCUGGUUUUUGAGGAAUCUUCCGGUAUAGAGGGAUACGGUGGAUACGACGAGUCUGAAACAGUUCGGUGGUCAGACAUCGCAGAGGCUUGCGGAUGGCCCCAUCCUGAUACAGGGUACGAUCCCUGGUCAAAUUGAAACAUUUCUCCGAGAUUUAAUCGAUGCCUUUGUGUAUAUGUCU